AUGCCGCGCGCGCUCGACGGCGACGAGUGGGCGGGCGUGGACGUGUCGUGCCGCCGAGGGAACGAUCACGACCCCUCGUGGUUCGCCGGACUCGACGCGCGGUGCGAGGACGUGGAUCUCGUCAUCGUCGGUGCCGGCAUCAGUGGAUGCGUGUUCGCCGAGCGCGCGUCCAGGGAACUGGGUCUGCGAUCGCUCGUGGUGGAUAAACGGGAUCACAUCGGUGGGAAUUGUUAUGAUUUUAUCAACGCCAAGGGGUUCAGGGUGUCGCAGUACGGCGUGCAUCUGUUUCACACGAAACACGCGCGGGUGUGGGAGUACGUCAAUCGCUUCAGCGCGUGGAUGGCGUACGAACACCGGGUCAAGGCGGCGAUCGAGCGGGAAGAUGGGGAGUACGAACACGGUGGGAAGAGAUAUAGGGUCGUUCCCGUGCCGCCGAAUAGGGAUACGAUCAACGCGUUGUAUCCCGAGGCGAAUCUGACCUCGGACGAAGACGCGCGCGCGUGGCUCGACGCCAGGCGAACGAAGAAUGACGAACCGAAAAACGGCGAGGAGAGCGCGUUGACCAGAGCCGGUCCCGAGCUCUACGAGGCGAUUUUUAAGUAUUACACGAAGAAACAGUGGGAUAAGUAUCCGGAGGAAUUGGACGCGAGCGUCUUGGCGCGGAUUCCAGUGCGAGAGAACACGGACGAUCGGUACUUUAGCGACGAACACCAAGCGUUACCUCGCGACGGCUACACGAGAAUCUUCGAGAACAUGAUCAUGGGCGAUCCAAACAUCCUCGUGCGCUUAAACGUCGAUUUCUUCGAGAACAAGGAUGUGUUACAAAAGAUGGCUCGGAAAUUCGUCGUCUUCACGGGACCCAUCGACGCGUAUUACGCGUCCCAGGGGUUACCGAAACUCGAGUACAGGUCUCUGCGCUUCUUCGAGGAGUACCACGAGGGCGCCGGAGAUGAGGACACGAAGAACGACGAACCGUUCUUUUACCAGCCGUGUUUACAGCUCAACUAUCCCGGUCCCGAGGUCGAGCACACGCGAAUCGUCGAGUACAAGCAUAAGCCGAACCAGCCGCGCGCGGCGCGCGAGCACAGAGGGACCGUCAUCUUCAGAGAGUACUCGUGCGAUCACGGUGAGCCGUAUUACCCCGUGCCCAACCCGGCGAAUCGCGAAUUGUACGAAAAGUACCGCGAGAUGGCAUCGAAAGAACCGGGCGUCGUCUUCGUCGGCCGUCUCGCGUCGUACAAGUACUUCAACAUGGACCAGGCGUUCUUGAACGCGCUCGAAAUCUUCGACGACGUCAUGGACGUCCCAAAGGAGGGCGAGCGAUCCAACUCGGCGACGGCUCCAAAAUUUACCGAUCUCGGCGAACCCGACGGACCGAAGUAG